CCCAACCUCGCUGGCGUCUGCCCUGCCUCGCCGACACAUUUCCAUCUUGACUAACGCGUCAACGGUGGUUGGCUGAAAGCCUGAAAUCUCUUUCUCCACCCGUGUGGUCUAUGGAUCUUGACUCCGGAUGGAGGGAUAGCCAACCAGACUGCGCGCCGAGGUGAAGCCGUGAUCUCUGCACUGACGCCGGCCGGCCGAUUGAUCCUACAGCAAGGUACUAAGUUCUCUCAGGACAUUUAGGCUCCUUGUGUUACCGUAGAGUGCUUCGAUACAGGAACAAACAGAAGCUUGGGCACGCUUGGUUUGGUGAAUUGGACAUCGCAGAAGGGGCCAAGGCGUCCCGCAUCGCAACGCAGCCUUGAGACAAACAACUUUCAUAGGCUUCAAGAAAAUAACAUCAGAUGGAAUACGAACUAGAUCUUCCAGAAAAUAAUCUUCGAUAUUUCAUCCAACACAACAAGGCAAAGUGGACAUGCGACAACAACCAUAAUAUCAAGUAUUUCACAGAAGAUGAGAUCAGAAUUAUUACCAGCAGCUACGACACCAAGAUUGGAGGUGGUGCCUUUGGAGAUGUUUACAGAGGAGUUCUCAGUGAUAGCCGUUUAGUUGCAGUGAAGAGAAACAUCCGCCCUAAUACAAAAGAGGAGUUUGCUAAAGAGGUCAUCGCUCAUAGUCAAAUCAACCAUAAGAAUGUAGUCAGGCUCCUGGGGUGCUGCAUAGAGGAAAAUGCUCAAGCGAUGAUAUUUGAGCAUGUAUCCAAAGGUAACCUUAGUGACCAUCUCCAUUGUAGUGAAGCUAUAAUCUCAUUGGAGACAAGGUUGAACAUCGCAAUAGAUUGCGCCGAAGCAUUAUGGUGCAUGCAUUCCAUGUACAGACCCGUUGUUCAUGGUGACAUCAAGCCCUCCAAUAUCCUGUUGGAUGACAACUUCCAUGCAAAAAUAUCAGAUUUUGGAUUAGCAAGGCUUCUCUCAGGAGGCGACACUGACUGGACUAUAAAUGUGAAGGGGAGCAUUGGUUACAUGGAUCCAACAUUUAUCAAGGACGGAUGCCUUUCCCCCAAGAAUGAUGUUUAUAGCUUUGGGGUUGUUCUGGUUGAGCUAAUUACUAAGACAAAGCCAACGGGCAACAAAAAGGAAAUUGUUGAAAGGUUUGCUCGAUUUUCUGCAAAAGAAAAGACAGCAAGAGAGUUGUUUGAUGUAGACAUCACAAAUGCUGACAGCAUGAAGGUUCUUGAAGGUAUUGGACAAAUAGCAAAAGCUUGCCUGAAAGAGAAGAUUUGUGAACGUCCUGAAAUGAACAUCGUGGUUGGACGGCUCUGGGAGCUCAGAACGACUCUAGAACAAGCAAUAGGAAAGACAGGCCGGCGAUUCGUUCCUAAAGGUCAGAGUAUCCUGAAGAAAUGGUAUCUGCAGCAUGACGCAAACAAAAUUGCCUCAAGGUCAUCGCUCUCUGUGCUGACGACUCUUGGAAUAUUCAGAAGGAAGGUCCCCAGUGUUAUUGACAAGACACUGUGGCACAACAACGUUAUGAUUUUCACAUAUAAGGAAUUGAAGAUUAUCACAAAGAACUUCUCAACCGUUAUUGGCAAAGGAUACUAUGGUACGUGCUACAUGGGAGCACUUGAUGACGGCACCAGAGUGUCUGUGAAGAUACUGCAUUCAAAUCACUGCCAGCAGUUUGAUGUCGAAGGCGAAAUAACCAUCCAUUCUCGAAUGCACCAUAGCAACAUUGUGAAGCUUGUUGGUUGCUGCUUGAAGAACUCUUCUCCAGCUUUGGUGUGUGAGUAUGCACCCAAUGGCACGCUCGACAAACAUUUGUUCAAGAACGGCUCAGAGAAGUGUUGGGGAACAACAACAGAGCAUCAGCAUGUCGGCCAGCAGCUGCUGGAUCUGGAAAUGCGCUACCAGAUUGCGCUGGGGGUCGCGAGGGCGAUGGAGUACCUGCAUGAGGAACUCCAAGAGGGGUGGUGGGUGCUACACUGCGACAUCAAGCCGGAGAACAUCCUCCUAGAUGACCACUUCCGCCCCAUGCUGUGCGACUUUGGGUUGUCCAAGAUGGCGAAAAAAACCGAUGAUCCGGUCAUCGUGGCUGCCAUCAUCAGCACGGAGCCUGAGCCCGACACUAUGACCGUGUCUAGAAUCCGUGGCACCCGUGGGUACAUGGCGCCUGAGUGGGUUAUCCAUAGACAACCCAUCACCGCCAAGGCUGAUGUCUACAGCUUCGGCGUGGUACUGCUCGAGAUCAUCGUCGACCGCCGUAGCUACGGCUUCCGCCAAGAGUCGGUGGGUAGCGAGGACUGGUACUUUCCAAAAUGGGUGUACGAGAAUUACGUGGACCACCGUAUGGCUGAGAUACUGGAUCCACAAGUCAUCACCGCCUUCCAUGGCGAUGGCGUCAGUGUCGCCACCAUCGAGCGCAUGGUCAAGACGGCCAUAUGGUGCCUGCAGGAUCAAGCCGAGAUGCGGCCUUGCAUGAGUAAGGUCAUCAAGAUGCUCGACGGGACUGUCAAGAUCACCGAGCCGGCGAAGCCUGAAAUCUUCUGCUUGUUGAAGGAGGAGGAGGAUGAUUUUUAGUCUGUCCGUACCUACAUGGAUUAUUCGUGUAACUUCUAUUUCAUCCGUCGUUCUGCAGGCUUUUUUUGUACCUUGUGUGCGUUCUGUUUUAAUACUCCCUCCGUUCGUUUAUGUAAGACGUCCGUUCACAAACUAAAACUGUUUUUUUUUUGUUUGACGUCCGUUCACAAA